CAGAAAUGCAAUGGCGGAACAAGCAUGGCUUUUCUGCAGAUUUGUCGCCGACACCAGAAACUUUUUGAGGGUGCAAGUGCUUCGGUAAAGCUUCUUUUGACAGGGACAGGGUUUCAAAGUUGUCGAAUUCUACACAGUCAUGAAAGCAAACAUCUCCGCGUAGGUAAGAAAGAUUAUUCUUUCCCAUGUGUCUAUGAAAUACGCACCCGGCAGCCGGGAAAUGUUUUUAGUUUUAUUCAGGAACAACCAGGAAAUAAUGAAAAUUAAAAGAAACAAUAAUCAAUUAUCGGAUGAGGCUGAGGCUGAGUAUAAAUUAAAUAAUCUAGCAGGUCGAGGGUGGGUUAUAUAUCUACCUCCAUGCGUUUGUCAGAUGUUUUAAGAAAAAUUGAAUGAGAUAAAAUAUAAUUAGACAUAAAUUUUAGACUACUGGGUAUCUAGUAGCCUGAGCAAACAGCUGACAUUUCGUGUCACCACCACUGGCUUCCCCCCAAAAUGACAGAGAAACAAGCGCAGAAAUUCCAUACUCAUGACGUGUCACUACCCAGAUCUGGGUAGUGCUCCUGAUUGGUUGGAGCAAAUGUCUUUUCUGACUUUACCAAUAAUAGAAGUACCACCAAGAUCUGGGUAGUGAAUGUCAUCAGUUAAGAGGGUAUGAAAUUUAUGCAGUUGCUGCUUAGACGUCAUUUCGUGGGCAAACCAGUGGUGGCAUCACAAAAUGUUGGCUGUUUUCUCAAGGCAGUUAUCUCAAAUUUUGAAGGCAUAGAGAGGCCAAAAUACGAGUAAACAACAGAAUUUUCUGCGGCAGGUGCAAGUAAUGUUUUCCUCUUUUACCAUCAUUUAGAGAAGAAGACAUUAAAUAAUGACAACAACUUUGUGGAACCAAAAUUACACAACUUCCAAUCCACACAUGGGUUUAGCACUAUAACGUCCCCUCUUGAUCAGAAAGUUGCUACCUCAGCAGCAAAAGAUGUUUCUGCAGUUGACAGAGGUCACAAGAGGAAAACCAAAAAAGCAGAAAGUAACAAAAAGAAAACAGAUAAAAGUAGUGCUAAAAGCACUGAAACAGCUAAAGGAACAGACUCCAAAGAGAUUCAGAAUAAUGACACAGAUAGUGGAGCAGCAAAAAAGAAGAAUCCUUCUCAUAAAUAUGACUUGUCAAGGAAUAGUGAAAGAAAAAGUGAGAGGACAUUAUUGGAGAGUAUAAAUAAGCAGAAAAAAGGAACAAGUGAAUCUUCAAAACUAAGUAAAGAGAAUAAAGAUAUACUUGUGACAACAGUAGGGACAGCUGGGAACGAUGAUGAACAUAUGUUAGAUUAUGGUCCUGAAGCUGUCUUAGUUGCGGGGGAGGAUGAUCAUCAUGAUGAAACAGAAAUGGAGGAUCUUGGCGAUGUUCCUCAUCUAGUAACAACAAAAGAAUUUGCUAAGGAAAAAGAUGACAUUGAUUUGGAUUUUGUUAGUGAUGACGAGGAAUCUACUGUAAGAACAGAGAGUGUAGCUGCAUUAGAGGAACUUGAAAUCACAUCUGGUGCAAUGUUUGACAGUGUUGUUCAAGCUCCUAAGAAAUACAGAGAGGGAACAGCAGGUGGAAGGCUUUUUGAAGCACAGACUUUGGCUGAAAUAGAUGGAUAUCUGUUUCUAGGAAAUGUGAGUAAGGAGCCCAACAUGAGAAAAUAAAAAUAUGUUCAAAUUCAUGAUAUAGUCAACUCUCUUUAAGAUGGACACCUUUGGGACCAGCACUAUGUUUCUGUCUAAAAGUGACAUCCAUCUAUCAAGAGUUAAAUGAAGGGUGUCAAGAAAGGCAGGGACUAACUCGAGGUGUCCGUUUUACCGAGGUUCUAGUCUUUUAAAGAUGUCUUUGGGACCAGCACUAUGUAUCUGUCUAAAAGUGACAUCCAUCUAUCAAGAGUUAAGUAAAGGAUGUCAAGAAAGGCGGGGACUAACUCGGGGACUAAAGGUGUCUUUUAAGAGAGAGCAGACUGUACAUUACAAGUAGACGGUAGAAAUGGUUUUUAUGAUGUUCUUCUUGAUCUUCAUAAUUUGUCAGGCCAUAUGAAACCCAAAUCCAAUCAUUGCUUAUUGUUUAAUGUGACAUAAAAUCUUCAUAAAUUUUUGUUUUAAUAAAAGAACUUAAACACAUUAUUAUGCUUAAUGACACUAAGUUUCUCCUUAUGCCUAGCCCUAUCAAGCUGAAAAGCUGUUCAACAGGUAUCUGAGAAUGGGAAAGAAGUUUGAUGUAAAUACUUUUAACAAACUACUUCAUGGCUGGGCACAGAAAGGAAACCUGAUGAGUGUUAAGUUGCUGUUUAAACUGCUUAAGAGAGAAGGUUUACAACCAGAUAUGGGAACCUACGCUGCAAUGCUGCACGGCUAUGGCAAAUUUGAUGAUGUAGAUGGUGUUCGGAGUGUCAUUAAAGAAAUGGAGGAGAAGGUCAGUGAUACUCAAGUAUGUAUUUGUCUUUUCCAAAAUGAGAACAUAGUUUGUCAAGGAAAAUUUUGUCCCAAUUUGAUUACGCAUCCCACCUCAUCCCAUAUGUUAAACCACCCCUACCCCUCAUGAAACCAUGCAUUUCCCUGAUACGACAUGUGAUAUCAUCAGAGCUAAUAUUUUUAUUGGGACUAAGUGGAGUGGCAUGUAUCUUCUGAACUACAAUGUUUAUGUAGGCAGGCCAGGACAAUUAAAAAUGCUGGGGGAUUUUAUUUUAUUUUUUCUAAAUUUGCUCAUUUCAUUUCUCUGGAUACAAAGUUGCCAGUGUUAAAGCUUCUAAUUGCCAAGGAAAAUCCUUCAGGGCUCUGGCUCUUUGUGAUAGCUAGCCUUAUCCAUUCUCGAUAGCUGUCUAACUCUGUCACCAUCGGCACAAACAUUUCAAUAGAGAAAUAUCAAUGUGGAAAGGAUCUAUUUUGUUUAUUUAUGUAAUAAUUAACUGUAGUGGGAUGUAAUUGUAUGCAGUCUCUUGGUUGUGAGAACUUCUUAUUUUUUUGUGGUCUUUCCAAUUUUUUUGUAUAGGAGUUUGAUAUCAGGCACAUAUUCCACAAGUGUUGUCUAACAGAGCCUCAAGCUAAAGGAGUUUUGAAAGCAUUAAGACUUGUCAUCCCUGAUUACCAACCAAGUACUCCAGAAUCACGGAGUCAAAUCAAAUAUCCCGCCCUUGUAAGGUCAUGGUAUUCAGACAGGAUUAACUUAGACGAAAAACUACAAAGUGUUCCUGGAAAACUUGAAAGAGAACUAGAUGAACCAAGACUCAAGGAGCUUUUUGAGCAGCAAAUUUUACAGGAACUAUCAGGGUUUACACCCAUAAAGUCAGUCGAGGAUGACAAAGGGGACAGUGAAAUGAAUCAAAGAAGAAAGGAAAUGUUUUUAGAGUGCCGCAGCAAAUGGAGAAAAGCUUUAAUUGAGAGCAUUGAGAAAGAGUUGUUUGAAAUCAAGAAUUCUAAAGGUACAGUGAACAUUGACAUGUAGAUCAGUGUCUGUACAUUGUCUUUUUUGACAUGAAAUUUUGAGGAUUAUAGCAAGAGCUAUUCAAAGCAGUACACUGUUUUUUUUUAUAUUCUCUUUGUUAUUCUCUACCUGGUGGCUUUAAAAAUUAGGAGGAUAAACUGUCACUAUAAAUGUGAAGUCUGCCAUCAGGGAAAUAUAUUGCACUGGUCAUACAUUGUACUUCUUGCCACUUGAAUUUUUGAACCCAGAUAUCACAAUUUUCUUUUAAAAGGUGCUAAAAUGGUUUACAGGCAGAAAUACGUCUGCUCAGUCAUCUUGGAUAAGUAGGGAAAAAAUUGCUACAGAACAAUAAUUUGACUUUCCAAAAGUAAAUUCUUGUUUGUUGGUUGGUUUUCUUUUUUCAGAACAAAUUAACUGAAGAACCAUAAAAUUAAUGAGAAGUGCUAAAGGCUUGUCAUGCUGUUGGAAUAAAUUCACAUACAUUACUGUGUACAUGUUAUAGGUCUAAAUUAAAUUCCAAGGCUGUGCUCUAAGAAAAAUUGAAGGGAGCCCAGUGUUCUGAAGUUGUGAAAUCUAGUGUGCCCAGCAUAUGAUUUCUAUGAAAAAGCAAAGAUGUUCUAGUCGCCCGAGAGCAAAAAUUAGGCACCAUGGGCCACCAGGCUCUGCUAAAGCACAGCCUCGAAUUCAGGUUAAAAUUUUUUAACCUAGGUUGAUUCUUAGUAUCCAUUAUCUCCUAGCCCUAAACCAUGUAUAAUAAGGGCUAGGAGACGAAGGAAAUUAAAAAAACAAAAUUAGUUGGGACACUUUGCCUUAAAGGGCUUUCUGAUGAUUUACUGAUUUCAAAAGGGGAAAAUAUUGCGUUUCCUCCCCCAUCCCCUCCAUGCAAUGUUGUACCGCUGUUCGAGCUACAUACAGAAAACAACAAACACCCCAACUUUGAAUGGAGGGGAGGGAGGAGGGGUGUGGAUUGUUUUGUUCUCUGAUGUUACCCUAUUUUUGUCUCAACAUUUUUGUCACCAAUUGUGGGUUAAAAACUUUAACCUGAAUUUAAUUUUCAACUGUAACAUAGUACAUAGAUUUCAUACCAUGCUAAUGGUGCUCUUUCCCCUCCAUAGGGAAGUCUGUGCACCCUAGAUUUGCACCUUUCUUCCAGGCAUUUGAACCUGACGAGCUCGCUGAUAUUACCUUGGACACCAUUGUGUUUUAUGUGAAAGGGCGUGUUGAAGGUGUACCUUUAUAUGGUGUUAGUGGAGCAUUGGGCUCAGUGCUUAACACAAAGUACAUUGUGAAACACAGAGUACAGUCUGGAAUGUUGGACAAGGUACAUGUAACUGCUGUUGAGCCUCUACAGUACUAUUACUGCCACUAUUUUUCAGCCCAGCUGACAGUACAACAACAACAAGAACAUAUGACAUUUUUAACCCUAGUUACAAACGAUAUGUGCACAACCCAAAAAGGCUAAACGAGGUGAAUUACCAUAAAUCGUCUAUUAAGGUUCCCCCUCUCAAAUAAACCCCCUCCUUCUAAUAAGGCCUCCACCCCACCUUUUCAGGGGAAGAAACUUGAUAAGCUCCCCCUUCUCUACUUAGCCCCCCUCCCCUCCUUUAUUUAUGUUUAUUCUAUUCACUAAUAAAUGAUAGACUGUAUUAAUCAGUCAUGAUUGUAAAACUUUGUGUGGACUGAUCCUGGAUGGUUUAUUUACCAACUGGAAGUUCGGUUUUGAUUCUGAUCCUCGGCUACAUGACCUCCACCCUUCUUGUUCUUGAGUGUCUCUACUUUGUAUUCUAGUUCAUUAUGGAGAACUGAUACCAUUGUCAUUUCUAAAUUAAAUAAGCCUGUCCUCUCAAAUAAGCCCCCCAUCUCUAUUAAGACCCCUCCCUCAAACGGGCAUGGAAUAAAUAAACCCCCCAGGGGAGCUUAAUAGAGGAUUUACAGUAUGCACCGUAAUGUGAAUAAAUAGAUUAUUCAAUAAAAAAAGUUACAGAAAAACUAGAGAAGUAACAAAACUUAUAAGAUAGUAGUGCACAUUUAAUCACACAUGAACAGGGUGCAAAGUGAAGUCAGUUUUACAGUUUGGUAAACUGUAGGUAUCAUGUACAAGCCAAGAGUCAUUUUAUCUAGCCCAAGAAAAAAAUGUUGAUGAGCAGGAUUGAUUUCAGUUCUUCUGUAAUUUGAAUUCUCCAAAAAACUACACUUACCCGUCGGGCAAAUCAAGAAAAAAAUUCACUAGCCCCAUAGCAAUAUCUACAUGUACACGUAGCUCUGGGCUAGGUAUUGGACACAUGCCCUUUCUUUUAAUGCUGUACAUUAUGGGAUAGUACUGUAGAUGGAUAGUGAAGUACAUGAAAGUAAAUAAAGUACAUAGAUAUAAGUAUGACUGUUAUAUUUGGUGUUUGGUUUCAAAUGAAACCUCUGAACCUCCAAGAACUUGAAAAAAAUGCUUGUGGUAGUGAAAUGUUUGGUUCAGAUCACCAAGGUGCUGAUAACAACAGUUUAUCAUCAUCAUCAUCAUCAUCAUUAUUAUUAUUAUUUCUAAAUUCAGAUGAAGGGCAUAUAUCAUGACUAUUUUUCUUAUCUGAUGGAUGAGAGGCUUACAGCGAGGAAGAUGGCUCGAGAGUUCUGGAAUGAGCUGGAUGAUAUCCUUCCUUUUGGUGGUUCACUUCAGCAAGAAGUUCCAAUCUGGCCCUGGGCUACAAAAAUAGUAGUAAGUACUGCAGUGGUACAAUGAUCCCCCCUUGCAGAUCAUACCUUGUGUAGUGAACAAAAGUGGGAAACUUUGAACUUGAAACAGCCAUGUAAAGUUAACUUGUGUUUUAGCUGCAUUUUUGUUUCUCAUUGGAAGAGGAGUGGCCGAGUCAGGGGCAGAUCCAGGAUUUUUCUUAGGAGGGGUGCAUCACUAAGGAAUGGCGUAACUGACUGGUGACGUAAACAAACUUUAAUACAGAAUACCAGUUGUGUUAGAAAGCCGCAGGUCACGUCAAGGGGGGGGGGGGGGGCCCCCCCCAUGUUUUUUUUUUGUUUUGGGGAGGGGGGGGGGUGGCGGGGGCGGGGGAGGCAGGGUUUUUUUUGUGGGGGGGGGACCACAAAGAAGAGAGGGUAGAACGGUGGGGGGCAAAAAAAAAAUUAAAAAAAAAAACAGUGGUUUUUUAAAAAGGCCGGGGGCGCCGGGGGGGGGGGGGGGGGGGGGCACCCCUGCACCCUCCCCCUAAGUCUGCCCCUGUGAGUGGUAAGCCACAGUUCCAUCCCUCCCUAGCUGCUGGCUGGAUUUGUUCUCGGUCAUCAUAUGAGUGGCUCUAAUGUGAAAACAAAGAAGGGGCUGACAAAGCACUAAACACGGUUAACCUUUGAGGUCGUACAUUUUUCUUUUCUGUCCAUCUAGAAACGUUUUAGUUGUCAUGUGGCCUUGACGUACCCAAUCCGAGGGCACAAUGUUGGGGGAAAACCAAGCUAUUUAACAACAUGCGUGCGUUGUAUUAUCCGAUCUUUCUUUUUCUCGAAGGCUAUGAUGAAUGGUAGUCAUUUGCAAACUCUCCAUAACUGAUAAUAAUAUUGGCUUUCAGUUUGGAUGCUCAUUGGUGGAUUGCUUCCUCAAGUCAGCUCAAAUCAAUGUGAAUCUCUUCAACAAUCGCCCAGAAGAGUUGAUUCUUCCAGCUUUUUACCACACGUACGAAUUCAAGGUGAACAAGAAGCUGGGAGUGUUAAAGCCACACCCAGUCGUUUGUAAAUUGUUCAAGGAGUAUUUGGCGAGUCAGGGAGAGAUUUCUAUGGAAACAACAUCGGUGCCUAUGCUGGUCCCACCACGCCCAUGGAGAGCAACCAAGGAUGGCGCCUACCUUAUCUUACCAGGUUUGAGAACUUUAUCUGAGCGUUGUUUUCGUGAGAAAUAUCAACCUUGUCAAUCAUUCCUCGUAAAACAUGACAAUCAUUAGAUUCUCCGUAAAUCGCACAGGUUUAGAAGACGAAUUAAUCUUAUCUUUCAUCUCGUUUCUCUACCAGGAAAAAAAGACCUCUGCCAGCAGGGAACGAACGCUUUUCAUUCACUAAAUUGUUCUUGUUUGCUAUGUUUCUUUGUUUCUACUUAUAGGGCCUUUGAAAAUUUAAAAUUAUGACUAAAAACUAGUAAUAACCAAAGGUUAGGAAGUGCGGGUGACAACGAUUGGAAAUCCAAUCGCUUUUGCUCCAUCGCUAUGCUUUGCGUAUGUUUCACGUGACAGAUAAUCAAAACACGCGCGAUCAGAUUACGAGGGGUAGAAGGUCGAAACGCGCGUGACCAAAUUGUGUUCUGAGCAUCCCUUUCAUUCUUGGUGGGAGUCCAAACGAAUGCUGGCUGCAUACAUAACAACCUGGAGAUUACGAUUCCAGGCUCCUAUUGUCGCCCGCAAUCAUAACCGAUGACACAUCGACAAAGUAACCAUUGAGGAAUCUAUUCCUGCAAAUUUAUUUCGGUUGGCCUGGCCUACAUCGCAGGCGUACUUGUAGCCUGCGACCCAGCUGCGCACUGGAAAUUUGGAGAGUCAGGGCAAGUGCUAAUCUGCCGCAAAUGAUUAGGGCGACAAAAGAAGGAAUCUUUUCUUACUUGUUCUCCUCCCGUCCUCACUUCUUGCUUGGUUCGCCACCAACAUGCAGGGCACGUGCAGGGCUCGAAAAACGUCCCAUCCGGUAGUCCGGGACAAGUAGAUUUUCUUGCUGGGAAAGUAACCUUUAAAGCUGACUUGACUGACCAGAAGGCAAAAGUCUAAGCAAGUCACCCUGCUACAAAAUCAGUAUUUAAGACGAGCAAGAGGUGGCCCUGAGCAAGCAAAUUGAGAGAGCUGCUUGCCCAAAGGAUAAGCUGGAAUUUAAUUUUUUUUUCGAGCCCUGUCGUGUGGACCUUCGUCUCUCAGGGUGCCCAAAUAGAGUUUGCUUGUAGGUUAGCUUUCCUUUUCUGUGAACACGCCAGUGCUACAUGUAUGCAAGUCAUGUGUUGCCUUGGUCAAGGUGUGCAUACAGGAAUAAGAUAAGAACUGUUUUUGUUCGUGACAGUUGAGCUUGUUCGCAGUGCUGGUGAUGAAGAAGGUCGGUAUGACAAGCUUCUGGAGGAGAAAACAAGUAAGGAAGACUUGGUUGCUGUAUUUGACUCCCUGAACUUCCUUGGGUCUUGUGCAUGGAGGACUAAUAAACGAAUACUGGAUAUUGCCAUCCAAAUGUUUAACACUGGUGGUAAUGAUGACUUAGCUAUACCUGGUCCUGUGGCCGAGCCUCAAGUGGAGUCAAAAUCGCCCAAGUGAGUUGGUUAUCGUUACGAUAAAGGGCUCGGCCCGGUACUCGGAGGCAUGUUUAUUUUCUUGCUGGGCAAGUAACUUUUAAAGCUUACUUACCCAAUAGGCAAGUCAUCCUCUAACAAAAUCAUUCACUAAGACUAGUAAGAAGUGACCCCGGACGAGCAAAAUGGGAGGGAGAGCAGCUUGCCUAAAAGACAAGCCAGAACUCUGUUAAUUCAGUUCUUGCAAUUUUUUUUAGCUCUGGCUUUAUAUUCAGUUAGUUACUCGAGUAUUUUUAUUUAUCUAAAUCAAUAUUUUCAGGUCUAAAACUAACGCAGAAGAAAGAAGGAAACAAAUUCAAGAAAGACGAAUCGCCAAGAAACUGGCACGCGAACAGUACUCCUUGCGCAUGUCAGCUUUGUACAAACUCUCUGUCGCCAAUCACUUCCGUGAUCACGUUUUCUGGCUGCCAAUCAACUUGGACUUCCGGGGAAGAGUCUAUCCUAUUCCUCCACACUGCUCGCAUGUCGGUAAGUACUGGGUCUAGCAUUCAAUGAGAUUAUCAGCAUACUACUCUUUUCGGGAGGCUUUGUUAACAUCAUUGAUUACAAUUUUCAACAGUGGCCUAAAAAAAAAGCCGACAUUUCCCGACGCUGGCACCAGUUUUUCCCGCGAAAUGACGUCUGAGAAACGAGCGCAGAAAUUCCGUACUGAUGACGUGUCACUGGUUUUUUGCGUCAGUGCUUUCGAUUGGGUGAAGCAGCGAGGGAAAUUUGCUUCAGCCAAUCAGAAGUACAACCCAGAUCUGGUUAGUGACACGUCAUCAGUAUGGAAUUACUGAAAAUGUGUAAAAGUCGGCUGUUUUCACAGGCGAGUCGCUGAGGACUGGGUUCCGCAUUCAAAGAUAUUAUAGGCAUACUGCUGUAUUAGAGAAUUGUGCUAACAUCAUUGUUUACAGAUUUUUUGUAGCCAUAAACAUUUUAUAGAAAAGUCAUCAUGAUAAGUAAACAUGUACUCCAAUGUCUGAAAGAGCUUCCCUUCAAGAAAAAAGUUUAUCUUUACAAGUUUUUGUUUUGUGCAGGUGAUACUUAAGGAAAUAUCCGGAAUUGGACAAACGAAAUAUCCAAUUUCAGUGUGGUAUUAGUGUUAUUGAAGCUAUACGUUUAGAAUCGCAUUUCAAAGGUAAUGGCAUGUUUUGUUAAUGUUCAGAAUUAUUGAAAAGUUAGUUUUGAAAUGUCACUAAGUGAGAAAAUUUUUUUAAACAAAGAUUCACCUAUCGAAGGUCCUUUCACGAUAGAUUUUCAGUACCAACCUUCUCUCGUAAUUGGCCAUAACCGAUUUUGAGUGUGUCCAUCAUUAUUUUUGUGUGUCGUAGGGGAUGAUCUUAGCCGAGGAAUGCUUCAAUUUGCCAAGGGUGUCCCCUUGGGGGCGAAGGGUCUGGAUUGGCUGAAGAUACAUCUUGUGGCGCUCCACGGUACUAAGAAAAAAUCUUCACUAAAAGAACGUCUUCAGUAUGCUAACGACAUUAUGGACGAUAUAUUGGACUCAGCGGACAAUCCUCUGACGGUAGGUCAACACUCCGGUAAAUCCAAGUUCUACUUUCUUAGUGGAAGAAAAUUUCUUAUACGAAGCAGCUUUGUAAGGGCUGCAACGCGACUAUAUCAUUCUUGUAUUUUUUAUGGAAAAUGUUCCCCGGCGGCGGGCAAAAAAUAAAAUUUCUUGUUGGAGAAUAAUAUCCAACGACUGGCGGGUGGUCAAACUAAAAUGCUUACAUGGUGGUACCUGUUUCCUUCUAAAAAGAAAUCAAAAUUCGCAGUCCUGGCGUAUUUUGGGGGCGAGCGAAAGUUGCUUGUUUAUGUUCGUAAUGCCGUGGCCGCCAUCUUUUGAUUUUAUGACGGAAGAUUGGGGAGAGUCGAAAUAUCAACCCUUGGGGUUGGCAUAAGGGCGAAAGAAGGCGACGGGGGAGGGAGAGGGGAGAAGCCCCGUCCCCUUCCUCGCUCCUUUGACUUGCCCCAACUCCUCGACUUUUUACGGUUACGUGUGCUUAAACAUUCGUGCACCUUGGCUAGGUAAGGGUAAAUUAGUGUCGUUUUUGAUGUAGAAAUGUGCCGGAUCAAUACCACCAAAUUUGGCCACAGUUUCUGCCCGAUAUCUUACUCACUGCGUGCUCCAAGCCCAUUAAGUGUUUAUUUUCUUACAGGGUCGAGGAUGGUGGAAAACCGCUGAUGAUCCUUGGCAGGCGCUGGCCACAUGCAUGGAGAUCGCAGACGCUACCCGUUCCCCAGACCCCACCCAGUUUAUUUCCCAUCAGCCUGUUCAUCAGGAUGGUUCUUGUAAUGGGCUUCAGCACUACGCUGCUCUGGGCCAGGAUACUUACGGCGCUAAACAAGUGAACCUACUGCCCGCUGACAGGCCACAAGAUGUUUAUGAGGAGGUAAAAUUUGCAUUUCUCUCUAAGCAUCAGCGUGGGAAGACGUAAGCGCUUUCAUGAUCCUGGAAGCUAUACCAGCUGGGUCUUCGAUCCCUGGUGGGUUCAACCGUGCAAGACAGGUUUUUGGUGAAAGGCCAGUCGAGUUUCUUGGACCUGGACUUCCAGAUUGUACCGUGCGAGCAGAGGUUUCUCUCUUGCAUGGCUUUUAGCGUUUACGAAGUCGUUCGCGUGGCUUGUCUGUCGAGUUGUUGGUUUAUUACGUAAAGAAACCAACUACGUUACGCGACAGACAAGCCACGCGAACGACUUCGUAAACGCUAAAAGCCAUGCAAGAGAGACCUCUGCUCGCGGGGUACCAGACUGGGGGUUGCGCGAUGAGUUAAUAUCCCAUCCCCAUAAAACUGUGUCAUGUAGAUAGCUAAGACCACACCAUUGCGUGCAAUGGAACUGAAGAGAAUGGGAGAGGGAAGUGGGUUGGGCGAGGAGGGGGGUGGGGGUUAUGUUUGAGCGAGGAGGGAGAGGAUUCGUGAGCCUUCUCGAGGGAGAAGAGUUAAAUCCUAAAUACCUAAGAUAAACUUUUAGUCAUUAGUAUUAUUUUUUCUGUACCUUGCUCUUCAGGUCGCAAAACUUGUCGAAGCUGCUCGGUUGCGUGACGCUGAAGCUGGUCACGAAAUUGCUAAAGAACUUGAAGGAAAAGUCACUCGUAAAGUGGUGAAACAAACGGUUAUGACCAUUGUUUAUGGCGUCACGUUCGUAUGUACAAACUCUCUGUCGCCAAUCACUUCCGUGAUCACGUUUUCUGGCUGCCAAUCAACUUGGACUUCCGGGGAAGAGUCUAUCCUAUUCCUCCACACUGCUCGCAUGUCGGUGAGUACUGGGUCUAGCAUUCAAUGAGAUGAUCAGUAUACUACUCCUUUAGGGAGUCUUUGUUAACAUCAUUGAUUACAGUUUUCAACAGUAACCUGAAAAAACAGCCGACAUUUCCCGACGCUAGCACCGGUUUUUUCCGCGAAAUGAUGUCUGAGAAACAAGCGCAGAAAUUCCGUACUGAUGACGUGUCACUAACCACAUCUUUUUUUUCCGUCAGUGCUUUCGAUUGGGUGAAGCAGCGAGGGAAAUUUGCUUUAGCCAAUCAGAAGUACUACCCAGAUCUGGUUAGUGACGCGUCAUCAGUACGGAAUUACUGAAAAUGUGUAAAUGUCGGCUCUUUUCACAGGCUAGUCGUUGAGUAUUGGGUUCCGCAUUCCAUGAAUAUUUUAGGCAUACUGCUCUAUCAGAGAAUCGUUGCUAACAUCAUUGUUUACAGUUUUUUUUGUAGCCAUAAACAUUUUAUAGAAAAGUCGUCAUGAUAAGUAAACGUGUACUUCAAUGUCUGAAAGAGCUUCCCUUCUAGCAAAGAUAAGCUUUACAAGUUUUAGUUCUGUGCAGGUAAUACUUGAGGAAAUAUCCGCAAUUGGACAAACGAAAUAUCAAAUUUCUGUGUGGUAUUAGCGUUAUUGAAGCUAUACAUUUAGAAUCGCAUUUUACAAAGGAAAACUGGUCUUUGCGAGAAAGUUAAUGACAUGUCUUGUUAAUGUUCAGAAUUAUUGUUAAGUUAUGUUUUGAAUUGUUACUAAGUGAGGGAAUUUUUUAAACAAAGAUUCACCUAUCGAAAAUCUUUUUACGAUAGAUUUUCAGUACCAACCUUCUCUCGUAAUUGGCCAUAACCGAUUUUGAGUGUGUCCAUCAUUAUUUUUGUGUGUCCUAGGGGAUGAUCUAAGCCGAGGAAUGCUUCAAUUUGCCAAGGGUGUCCCCUUGGGGGAGAAGGGUCUGGAUUGGCUGAAGAUACAUCUUGUAGCGCUCCACGGUACUAAGAAAAAAUCUUCACUGAAAGAACGUCUUCAGUAUGCUAACGACAUUAUGGACGAUAUAUUGGACUCAGCGGACAAUCCUCUGACGGUAGGUGAAUGAUUGGGUCAACACUCUGGUAAAUCCAAGUUCUACUUUCUUAGCGGAAGAAAAUUUCUUAUACGAAGUAGCUUUGUAAGGACUGCAACGCGACUAUAUCAUUCUUGUAUUUUUUAUGGAAAAUGUUCCCCGACAAUUGCGGGAAAAAAAAAAAAUUUCUUGGUGGCAAAUAAAUACCCAACGACUGGCGGUUUGUCAAACUAAAAUGCUGACAUGGUAGUACCUGUUUCCUUUCUAAAAAGAAAUCCAAAUUCGCAAUCCUGGCGUAUUUUUUGUGGCAAGCAAAAGUUGCUUGUUUAUGUUCGUAAUGCCGUGGCCGUCAUCUUUUGAUUUUUUGACGGAAGAUUGGGCACAGUAGAAAUAUCAACCCUUGGGAUAGGCAUAAAGACGAAAGAAGGCGACGGGAGAGGGGGAGGGGAGAAGCCCCGUCCCCUUCCUCGACUUUUUACUGUUACGCGAGCUUAAACAUUCGUGCACCCUGGCUUGGUAAGGGUAAAUUAGUGUCGUUUUUGACGUAGAAAUGUGCCAGUACCACCAAAUUUGGCCACAGUUUCUGCCCGAUAUGUUACUCACUGCGUGCUCCGAGCCCAUUAAGUGUUUAUUUUCUUACAGGGUCGAGGAUGGUGGAAAACCGCUGAUGAUCCUUGGCAGGCGCUGGCCACAUGCAUGGAGAUCGCAGACGCUACCCGUUCCCCAGACCCUACGCAGUUUAUUUCCCAUCAGCCUGUUCAUCAGGAUGGUUCUUGUAACGGGCUUCAGCACUACGCUGCUCUGGGCCAGGAUACUUACGGCGCUAAACAAGUGAACCUACUGCCCGCUGACAGGCCACAAGAUGUUUAUGAGGAGGUAAAAGUUGCAUUUCUCUCUAAGUAUCAGCGUGGGAAGGCUUGCGCGCUUUCAUGAUCCUGGAAGCUAUAAUAGCUGGGUCUUCGGUCCUUAGUGGGUUCAGCCAUGCAAGGCAGGUUUUUUGGUGAAGGCCAGUCGAGUUGCCUGGACCUAGACCUCCAGAUUGUAUCCUGCGAACAGACGUUUCUCUUUUGCAUGGCUUUUAGCGUUUACGAAGUCGUUCGCGUGGCUUGUCUGUCGCGUAGUUGGUUUGUUACGUAAACAAACCAACUACGUUACGCGACAGACAAGCAACGCGAACGACUUCGUAAACGCUAAAAGCCAGGCAAGAGAGAAACCUCUGCUCGCAGGGUACCAGGUUGGGGGUUGCGCGAUGAUUUAAUAUCCCAACCCCGUAAAACUAUGUCAUAUAGAUAGCUAGGACCACACACACCUUUAAGAUGGCAGGCAGGCUGGUGGAGAGACGUGGAGGCCUUACGCGCAACAGAGCGCGAAGAGGCGAGGUGAGGGGAGUUGGGGUGGGAAAAAUGGCAUUACGUGCAAUGGAACUAAAAAGAAUGGGAGUGGGAGGUAGGUGGGGCGAGGGGGGCGGGGGUAUGUUGGAGCAAGUGUAUGAGGCCAAGGAUGGCUAGGAUUAGUUGGAAUUCUCGAACGAGAAGAGCUAAAUCAUAAAUACCUACGAUAAACUUUGUAGUCAUUAGUAUUAUUUUUUCUGUACCUUGCUCUUCAGGUCGCUAAACUUGUCGAAGCUGCUCGGUUGCGUGACGCUGAAGCUGGUCACGAAAUUGCUAAAGAACUUGAAGGAAAAGUCACUCGUAAAGUGGUGAAACAAACGGUUAUGACCAUUGUUUAUGGCGUCACGUUCGUUGGUGGCCGAUUGCAGAUUGAGCGCCAAUUAAAAGACUUGGAAAUGAAUGACAAAGUUAUUUUUAAGGCUUCUACAUACCUGGUCACCAAGGUUUUCGCAAGUAUUGGGGAGAUGUUUACUGCCGCAAGAGCCAUCCAAGUGAGUCGAUUAAAUAGAAUCAGAGGUUUCUUGUGAGCCCUACAAGUUUAUAUAGUAAUUAUACAAUUAGGGUUUGUAUGUGUAAUCAAAUGGUGACGAGUGGAAUUAGGGAAUAAUUUCACGCGCGUUUUGUCCAAAUUCUGAUUAUUUGCCUCCCCCCCCUGUACCCAUUGUCACCCACGAUAUUAUGGCAGCAAUUUCAUAUAGUGUAUUGAGUGUUUAGUGUUACGAAGGGAAUAUCUUUAGUCUGUUUACAGUCCCUUUUUUUGCUCGUAAGAUCAUCGGCAUCGAGCGCUUACCCAUCCCCCGCCCAAGCAACGUUUAAACUCAUCCCUGGGCUAAACUCGGUACAUAAGAUGAACCCUUUCAAUCUGACAGUGGAGUCCCGAAAGGUGGUUUUAACUUUUGAAUCCGUGAACGAAAUCCUAUUGUGUGACCAUUCAAAUGACACCUCUUAAGCAAUGCUAUAGCAUGGUACUAUUUACCUUUCGGCCUGGUGUUAAGUGGAAAUUAGAAAUAUUGUUGAAGCUUGACUUUGACCACUUUUGGAAGGGAAAGGUUUAUGUUCAUUUGACAGAUUCUACCCCCUUGAAAUAAUUCGUUUGAAAGUUUUGAACCUUGUAAUUUUUUCUACUGCAGUCAAAAAAGUUAUAAAGUAGAGACAGUUACUUAUUUCUGGUAAUAAACCUUGAAAAUUCAUCCCCCAGCCUCGGAAUCAGCCUCUAACCAGGCCCCCUUCUUAUAUGCGGCCAUUGGAAAAAAAGCCCCGAGGCGGCCAAAUACGUGCAAUAUGGAACUCCACCUUUAAUUAUUCAUUUCCUUUUUUUUUCUCAUUUGAGGGAGUACCGUAAAUGAUCGAUUAAGCGCCGCUCUCGACUGAGCGCCGCGGCGCUAAUUUGGUAUUUACAAAUUAACGCCCCACCUUUGCUACGGCGUUUGAUAUCGCUUGAGAAAUAAGACCUCGACCAAGUCGUGAGUUCUAAAGUUUUAAUUUAGGUAAACUCUUGAAACCGGGUUCAUAUAACACUUCGAGGUGUAACUAUUUUAUACUAUUAGUACAAAAUCAUACAUUCCAAGUACGCGCCUCACUCAAUUCUUUCUAUAUUCCCCUCAGUGUUUUACCCGUGGUUGAAAUAGGCACCGCUCUCGUAUAAGGGUCGCACCUAUAACAGGUAAAAUGAAAUUAGCGCCAUGUCGCUUAAUCGAUCAUUUACGGUAGUUAGUAAUGACUUUUUCCUCACUUGCAGAAUUGGUUUGCCUCAUCAGCCACGCAGAUCGCUUUGUCUGGUCAUUACGUGGACUGGUACACACCCCUUGGUCUGUAUGUCAGUCAGCCGUACUCCAAGAAGCCUCCUCAAAAAGUCGUACGCACCAAGCUCCAAUGGAUGUUAAUUAAGUCCAAAGGUCUGCCCCACGUCCCACCCGACUCUAGAAAGCAGCGUGGAGCCUUCCCGCCAAACUUUGUCCAUUCGCUGGACUCUACUCACAUGAUGUUGACCGCGCUAUUUUGUCAGCGAUCUGGCGCGACAUUUUCGUCGGUACACGACAGCUUCUGGACACAUGCAGCCAAUGUGGGAGUAAUGAAUCGAGUAAGUGAGAUUCUCGGGAAAAGAUGGUUACCCUGCUAAUGGGGACCGGUGGUGGGAACCCUGUAAGCAUUUUUACUUCCAAAAAAGUGGCCUUCGCUCGCAGGGUAUGUCGUGGGAGACAAGGGAUUUGGCGAAGGACGGAUAGAGGCUGACGCAAAUCAGAUGAAUUAAAUUUAAAAAAUGUAUGGAGUUUACUUCAAACUGAUGUUAUAAUUUUGUUGAUGCUGCAACAGUGUAUUUUUAAGUUUUGAUUUACCAAAUUUAUGAGAGCUUUACUACGGAAGUUCUGAGCGUUUGAAUGCAGAAAACAUCAGAUGGUUGCGGAUCACUUCCUGGUGAUCUACGUACUCUUCAGGAAGGUAUUGUUAGUCUAUGGGUUUUCGUCAUUACUGAUUUCUGAAUCCCUAAUUGGGUUUGAUCGGGAUUGUUGAGACCAUACAUUUGAAGGGGAAACCUCAAACUUCCCGAUUAAAAGGUCUACAUUAAUGGAAAUUAAAUCUCCCUCAUAGGCUCGAUUUCCGCCGGUCUUUCGGGUCCGGUCGUGUUCCUUCCCGAGAAGAGAUGGCUGGACGCGUGAGUCGCCGAUCGUGUCUGUGACGUAAUUCAAAAUUUAGUUUAUGCAUCGUUACGAAACGCCGGAAAUGGGAAAUGUCAUUAGACACCAAUAACAUAUGUUGUGUUUUGCCUCUUCGCCCCCAAAAAACUGCAGCAAUACGUAUACCGGCGUACGUCUUUUCGAAAAGGAGCGCGGGCUCAUUUCCCGAACAGCAGCUGGUAAUCGAGCCUAUCUCCCUUAGGGAGUGAGAGUUGAGAGUAAAGUUGGAUUUCCACUGUCGCGUAAUUUUUACGUGCGUAAAUGAAAUAGAGACUAUGUAUGGAAGGUCACGCGUAAAGGUAAAAGUUAAACCUCGCACGGAAAAAUUACGCGACAGUGGAAAUUAAUCCUAAGGGUCCAUAUCAAUGGCAUUACUAUUGAAUGCGGGCUUCUUCCAUCGUUGUUCACCGAUUUAGUACGUUGUGUGGUUUUUGGCAUCUUGUGUGGUGCAGCAAACAAUCCUUUGGUUCCUCUUUACUCAGAUUUGUCGUGAACAGUUUGUUGCGCUUCAUAAUGAGCCAAUACUGGAGGAACUUCAUGAACAUUUCCACAAGAAUUACUCAGACCUGAAGUAAGUCAAUUAAUCGUUUAAUGAGUCAGCGUGAUGAUGUCAUGAUAUGAAGCACGUGGGAAAUUUGAAGUGUUGGAAAGAGGCGUAAAGGUUGCUCGAGGCGCAGCCAAAAACAUUUAGAAAGGUUUUAGAAUUCAUAAUGAGAUUGAAAACGACAUUUCGCCGAAGAAGAGAAGACUGCAAAGAAUAAUUUACACGCCACAGCACUAACACCCUCAUUCCUCUACUAUCUGUUAACAAACUCAAAGGUUUUUCUCUUUAGAUUACGUUAGCAAACACAUGGUAAAUUCUUCAUCGUGUGCUAUUGAGGUGCGGAUGCACUUGGGAGGAUUUGCUAAGCUCACGAGAACUCGGAUGUUAUUGACGUCAUGAGCGUGCUCAGUGGGAAUAUGAAGCACUCUCGCUUUAGACCAUUUGCACGGUGGCGUCAUUUUAUUACCACUACCAGAAUCCAUUUCGUUUUCCUUUCAUAUUUAAAUUUGGUAAUCCCACCGAGGAUUAAAACAACAAAAGUAUUAAUUCACAGAAGAAAGCAAAACACUGAAGAAUUUUGCUGUUAUUAGUGGUAUUAAAAUGAUGUCAUCGUGCAAAUGGCCUAUUGAAUAGCCCACGAUUCUGACAUGACUCUGAAGCUUUCUGGUCUUUUUUCUAUAUUUGGUUUGGUUUUCUCUGUGCCCAAGUCUCUUCUGGGAAUUGUGAGACAAUGGAGUUUGCAAUUUUGUCCCUAAAACCUCGGAGUCAUGUUAGAAUUUCAAUAUAUCGAACGUGGUCUAUUUGAUUACGCCAAUAUUCUAUCUAUGUUGUAACGGCUACUCCACUGCUGUUUUGUUCCUGGUAAUAGUACACACGAUUGUGUUCGACUCUCCAAUAUGACGUUUUUGCAGGUUAGUUCGUCCGUUAAAAUCAAAGGAGAGUGGAAAGGAACUAACACAUGUGACAUUCGAAGGAAGACCUGAUUACGGUAUGUCUUUCACCUAAAAAUACGAGGAAAUACCCUGAGAACCCGCCCUUUUUUUCGUGUGCGACGUUUGCGGUGCUUGCGGCGAGGUGCUUCUGGUUGGCUGCUAGCCUGCGUAGCCAUUCUUCCCAAAUUUCUCGCAAACUCGCUCGGAAACGCUUGCUACGCAGGCUAGUCGGCCGUAGGCCGAAGCCACGAGCAGCGAAGCCGAACCACUUAUUCUGAUUGUAACCCAAUCACAGCGCUUUAUACAUCCAGCUUCUGGGGUCACUUUACUGAAACUUUUACAAGUGUAAUUUACAAGUGUAGCUAAUGUUUUCAGACUCUUGAACAAUAGCUACACUUGUAAAUUACAAGUGUAAAAGUUAUAUUAAAUUGACCCCUGGAUGUUUUCGUAUAAGCAGGAAUGUAAUUGGCUCGGCGCUAUCAAAGCGAUGGUUCUCUGGUCCAGAUUAAAAAACGUCUGGUUCACAGCGUAUCGAGUUAGCUGUGCUGUCAUAUUCAUAUAUCGGUUAAGUCGUUCAUGUAAGUCUGGUUUCUAUUCCUUCAUUCCGUAUUCUUCAUUAUAUGUUUAUUUGCUUUUUUUUAUUGCUGGCAUCGUAGGUAGCGUGUUUUUAAUAAGGCUGUAUGACUCAAAAGAUUUGAUCGCCCGAGUAUCUCUUUCUCGCGCGUCCUGCACUUUUUAGGACAGCCGCUGACAAGGUGCUGAAGAUGACACUGCACGAUAAACAAAAUAGAGACGCUCAUACUUUCAGUGAAAUGCAAGAGAAUACACUAGAAGCCGCCUGAACAGUCCUUAAUGAAACUACUUGUAGCUUACAUGUACUGAGUACAUGUAACCUAAACAGCGUUUUCUCUCCUUUUCAUUUAUUUUUAGGAGACUUUGACAUAGAAGAAGUUCUUAACUCCACCUACUUCUUCUGCUGAACAAUGUCAAAGUGCUGAUGUUUGUGUUUAUGUACUUUUCCUCUGCGAAAGUAAAGCCUGUACGAUUUUAAUUCCUGAGAUUAAAGGCGGCGAACCCCUGAGUUGGGAACUAUCUCAUUGGGAGUUUCACCCUUUUUACAUGUAAGGUAAUCUGGAUUCCGGAAUACGAGAAAUUUUUCUUUGCGAAGUGCGAAAUCCGGGAUGUUUCUGCUUGUGAAAUCUGGAAUCCCGCUAAUGAUUAGAAUGCGGAGACAAGGAAUCCCGAAUCCAGUACUUGGAGUCCAGAAUCACAGGAAUGGCAUGGGACGAGACGAGAGCAUGAGAAAAACAAACUCCUUCCCGCGCUCGUUUCGCGCUUCGCUCAAAAUGCCGCGUUCGCCUCGCUUGGCUCAUUAAGCGCCUGUUAUGCAGGCUUCCACUCUAGUAAAUAGACAACUGGAUGCCUCAUCCUGUUAUGUACUAGCUGACGUCAUUGUUUACAUUUUUCGUCAUUAGCAGAUGACUUAGUCAAAGGCAUUUGAAGAACGCAGGGUAAAGUUUAAAAAUUUGUGAUGGUGGGUGGUGAUUAGCAAAAAACGGCGAUACAAUCAAACCAGUGCGCCCACCAUAUUCGGAAGCCAU